AAACAAUGCAAGCAUUGCAAAUGGUUUAAGACCCCUUGAGAAAUUUCCCAACCAAAAGCUUUUUGGUAGUUCUUCAUUAAGAAGUGUACAACAAUAUUAAUUUAUAAGUAUAAGUCUCUAGUGAUCUCAGUCAAAUUAAUUGAGAUAAUCAAGAAUUAAUAAUGUGGAAGCUCAAGUUUGGAGCUGAGGGUGAAAAUGUUGACCCUUACUUGUUCAGCACAAACGAGUUUGUGGGAAGGCAGACAUGGGAGUUUGAUCCUCAUGCAGGCACACCUCAAGAGCGAGCUGAGGUUGAAGAGGCUCGUCAAAACUUUUACAACAAUCGUUACAAGGUCAAGGCCUCCAGUGAAAUCCUCUGGCGAAUGCAGCUUCACAGAGAGAGAAAUUUCAAGCAAACAAUUCCCCAAGUUAAAAUCGAAGAUGAUGAUGAGGAAUGUAGACAUGAAAAAGCCACCGCUGCAUUGAAAAGGGCUGUUGCCUACUGGUCUGCCUUGCAAUCACCACACGGCCAUUGGCCCGCUGAAACCACUGGUCCUUUGUUUUAUACUCCUCCCGUUGUCAUGGCCCUGUAUAUUACAGGCCAUCUUAAUAUGGUUUUCUCUGCAGACCACCGUAAGGAAAUGCUUUGGUACAUGUAUUGUCACCAGAACGAAGAUGGUGGGUGGGGAUUACACAUGGAGGACCAUAGUAUGAUGUUUUGUACACUUCUGAACUACAUUUGUAUGCGUCUACUUGGCGAAGGACCCGAUGGUGGUCUAGACAAUGCUUGUGCAAGAGCAAGGAAAUGGAUUCUUGAUCAUGGUGGUGCAACACACUCUUCAUCUUGGGGAAAGAUUUGGAUGGCAAUACUCGGUGUCUAUGAUUGGGAGGGAAACAACCCUAUUCCCCCAGAACUCUGGAGCUGCCCAUCUUUCCUCCCUUUUCAUCCAGCAAAAAUACUCUGCUAUACUCGCAUGGCUUACUUGCCUAUGUCACAUUUGUAUGGGAAAAGAUUUGUUGGCCCCAUCACACCCCUCAUUCUGCAACUGAGAGAAGAAAUCUACAAUGAACCUUACAAAGAAAUUAAAUGGAGCAAAGUGCGCCAUCUGUGUGCAAAAGAGGAUAACUGCCAUCCCCAUGGUAAGUUACAAUCCUUGAUGUGGGAUAGUCUUCACACAAUCUGUGAGCCUCUUUUCACUCGCUGGCCCUUCAAAAAGCUCAGAGAGAAGGCUCUUCAAGAAACCAGUAAACACAUUCAUUAUGAAGACGAGAAUACUCGAUACAUUACUAUUGGAGUUGUGAUAAAGCCAUUAAAUAUGCUUGCUUGCUGGGCUGAAGAUCCGAAUGGAGAAUCUUACAAGAAGCAUCUUGCAAGGAUUGCAGAUUUCAUAUGGGUUGCAGAAGAUGGAAUGAAAAUGCAGAGUUUUGGUAGCCAGAUGUGGGAUGCUAGUUUUGCCAUUCAAGCUUUGCUUGCUGCAAAUCUGAAUGAUGAACUUGGAUCUGUACUUAAGAAAGGACAUGACUUCCUUAAGAAAUCUCAGGUUAGGGAUAAUCCUUCUGGUGACUUUUUAGCCCAUUUUCGCCACAUUUCUAAAGGAGGAUGGACUUUCUCUGAUCAAGACCAUGGAUGGCAAGUUUCUGAUUGUACUGCAGAAGCUUUGAAGAGUUGCUUGUUGUUAUCGAUGCUGCCACCACAACUCGUCGGUGAACAACUAGAACCUGAGCGUUUAUAUGAUGCUGUCAAUGUCAUACUUUCUCUGCAGAGUCCAAAUGGUGGUGUAUCAGCCUGGGAACCUGCAGGAGCUCCAAAAUGGUUGGAGUGGCUCAACCCUAUAGAAUUUCUCGGGGAUCUGGUCAUCGAAUAUGAGCACGUUGAGUGCACCUCAUCUUCAAUCCGGGCAUUAGCUUUGUUUAGGAAGUUAUACCCUGCCCACAGAAAGAAACAGAUAGAUAAUUUCAUCACAACUGCUGCAGGGUUCAUUGAAGACAUACAAAAUCCUGAUGGGUCAUGGUAUGGAAACUGGGGAAUCUGCUUCAUUUAUGGAACAUGGUUUGCAAUCAGAGGGUUAGAGGCUGCUGGCAAGACUUACAAUAAUUGUGAGGCUAUACGCCGAGGUGUUGAAUUUUUACUCAAAACUCAGAGAGAUGAUGGUGGAUGGGGAGAGAGCUACAUUUCUUGUACAAACAAGGUCUAUACACCUCUUGAAGGAGACCGAUCCAAUUUGGUGCAGACUGCAAUGGGAUUAAUGGGUUUAAUUCAUGGUGGACAGGCGGAGAGAGACCCUACUCCUAUUCACCAAGCUGCAAAGAUGUUGAUCAAUUCUCAAUUGGAAAAUGGCGAUUUCCCCCAGCAGGAAGUGAUGGGAGUUUUCAUGAGGAAUGCCAUGUUAAACUACGCAGCAUACAGGAAUUCUAUCCCAAUUUGGGCUCUUGCAGAAUACUGCAAUAUGGUUCCAAAGCCUCUCUAUGUGUAGUCGUGUAGACUAAUCUACGUGUAUGUACGUAUAUACGAAGAGUGUUGUCUGCUUAACGCCAUUAAGUAAAGGAAGAACAGUUUAAAAGUUAAUGAGUUAUUUAUGCAGCCUAUUAAAAUAGAAGGGGGUGAAUAUUCUCUUUAUAUUUGGUUUUGGAUAUCAGCUUUACUUUUAAGCAUGUAUUUUAAAUAUUCUUUGUCAGAGUUGAUAAUAAAUUUUAUUAAUAAUAAA